AUGGCGUCGAGCUACGACGACGCCAUGCUCGGCGAACACAGCCAUGGCGACCACUCCCACGAAUAUCACGCUCAGGACAUGCCCCCGCAUGCUGAUUCAAACUGGCAAAACGGCAGCUACAGAGCCCGAACACCUGACAAUAACAAUUAUAGACCGCGACCGCCCGCCUCAGCUCCUGGCACCCCCAAUCCUCCAGGAUGGGCCGAGGACCAGCCGCCCCGCAAAAGUGCUGAACGGAACAGGUCGCGAGGGCGAGGAGGAAGGUCUGCCAGCGGGCAGACGAGGACAUGCCAGGCCUGCGGGGAGCCCUUGACGGGCCAAUUUGUGCGAGCUCUUGAUGGAACAUUCCAUCUUGACUGUUUCAAGUGUCAGGACUGUGGUGAAAUAGUAGCUUCAAAGUUCUUCCCGGCUGAGGACGAAAACGGCCGGGGCCAAUAUCCCCUGUGCGAGACCGACUACUUCCGCCGACUCGGCCUCCUUUGCUAUCAAUGCGGGGGAGCGCUCCGUGGCUCAUACAUCACCGCCCUAGACCGAAAGUACCAUGUCGAUCAUUUUACCUGCUCAUUAUGUUCAACGAUAUUCGGCGCCCAAGAUAGCUACUACGAACACGACGGAAACGUUUACUGCCAUUAUCAUUAUUCAACACAGUUUGCGCAACGGUGCAACGGCUGCCAAACGGCCAUUUUAAAACAGUUUGUCGAAAUCUUUAGAAAUGGACAAAAUCAGCAUUGGCACCCCGAGUGCUACAUGAUACACAAAUUCUGGAAUGUGCGAUUGGCCCAGCCCACGGAUUCGAUGCCUGCGCUUGAAAGCUCAGAUGAUGCAGCAGGCAGAGACCUUAUCCGUGAGGAGGAAGAGCGCAUGGAAGAAAAGGUCUUCCGCAUAUGGAGUGUCUUAUCGACCUUCGAAGAGUCUUCUGCUGCGUGCAUCUCUGACAUGCUGCUUCAUGUCAGCAACGGCUCAUAUGUUGAGGGGGUCUUUGUAGCCAAGCGCUUCAUCUAUCAUGUUGAGAUCUUGUUCCAAUCAGCAGACCGUCUUGAUGCGACUAUGGUUGGCUUGAACGAGAAAGGCAUGUCUUACGGGCGAGAAGCCAAACUACUAUGCAAAAAGAUUGUCUCCUUUUUCUCUCUACUUUCAAAGACGCAAGACAGCACUGUACACAAGAUUGGUGUCACGCAGGAGCUUCUGUCACUUGUUACCGGUCUCGCUCAUUAUCUUAAACUUCUUAUUAGAAUAUGCCUUCAAGGUGCGCUACGCCUGGAGCGCGAAGCCAGUGCUUCAAAUGGCCUAUACCAGUUUCUUGACGACUUGAGCGACCUCGAUGCGGUCAAGAACGACGACGGCCAGUUGGCAGUAACCGCAAGUGGUGGGAAGCUCUCCGCGAACGACUCGGACCACUGCGCUCUUUGCCAUAGAUCCGUUGAGGACGAGUGUGCCAAGAAUGGCGACCUGAGAUGGCAUCUUAAUUGUGUCAGGUGCUCCAAGUGUUCGCGGGAUGUUGGCCGGACACUACAGGAAGCUCGUUUCAGUUCUCUUGACCGGAAAAUAUAUUGCACAAACUGCGCAGGGGCCAAUAGCUCAACACUUGAGCACAUCUCAAAACUCCAACAAUACGUAUUCUUACUUCGGGUAGCCUUGGCUCGGUUGUUGGAUAUCCUAAAGGCCAAUGGCACCCUCCCACGAUCCAACGAUGACUCUGAUAAUAACGGUUAUGGUGCUGGUGAUGGCCCAGGAGGCGAUCCUAGGUCGCGAGGAGGAGAUCAGUCACGAGGACCCGGCGGCAGCAAGCGAGAGUCGUCUUAUGAGAACACUCUGAAUGAUGUGCGCAGACUACGAAGUACGCGACUUGAUCGACAUCUGUCUUCUAGCGCCCGACAGGCUAGAAGUUCUCGGGUGAUGGACACCGAUGGCCGGGGACCACGCCCAGGUUCAUCUGGUGAAGGUGGACAAGGCCUCCAAGGCUCUACCGAUAUCAUGUUUGGACAGAACGAUGGAAUUACCCUGGAUGAUAUCCCCAGGAUAGUAGCUGUCGAGCAGUCCCGAGAGCAGCAACAGAGAGCUCCACAGCCCUUUUCAGACCGCUCGCUAGAUGCGUCGUCCGGAGGUCAGGGACAUGAGCGAACCCAAUCAGCCGACCGAGAGCGUUCGGAUAUGAUGCCACAGCGAAUAGGACGAAAGUUCUUUUCUGAGCUCUCUGGCCUGGAGUACUUCAACGUCCGCCAUCUCGCUGUUCUUACCAUGCAGCCCAUGGUUGAGCAGGAGUUUACACUCGAGGAACUUCUCAGCUUCAUUGAGUCGCGCAAGCAGGCGACUUUCUGGAAGAACCUCGGGAAAGCCUUCAAAAACGACAAGAACAAGAGUGUCAAGAAGAAGGGCGUGUUCGGUGUACCUCUGGAAAUCAUCAUCGAGAGGGAUGGUGCGGAUUCGACAGACGGGGUUGGUCCGGGCACACUCCGAAUUCCGGCAGUAGUCGACGACAUCGUAACGUCGAUGCGCAAGAUGGAUCUCUCUGUCGAGGGUGUGUUCCGAAAGAACGGCAACAUCAAGAAGCAGCACGGCUUGGUGGAGACUAUCAACACGGAAGGCUGCGACGUCGUCAACUUUAUGGAGCAGCCUGUUGUUCAGCUUGCUGCUCUCCUCAAGCGUUAUCUGCGAGAUCUGCCUGAUCCCUUAAUGACCCACAAGCUAUACAGGCUAUGGGUCAGUGCAGCCAAGAUUUCAGACCCUGACAAGAGGAAGCAAUGUCUGCACUUGACUUGCUGUCUUUUGCCAAAGAGUCACCGAGACUGCCUUGAGAUCUUGUUCAGUUUCCUUAAGUGGGCUGGAACCUUCCACCAACUGGACGAGGACCUCGGUUCCAAGAUGGACACGAGAAAUCUGGCCACCGUUAUUGCGCCCAACAUCCUCACGAACCCUAAUAGGGCACCGGCCCUGGACAGUGAGGCUAUCUAUGUUAUUGAUGCUGUAGAAAUGAUGAUCACACAUAUCGAAGAAAUGUGCCAGGUUCCUGACGAGAUUCUUGGUCUUAUGAAUGACCCCUACAUCUUCAGCAACAGUGGAGACCUCACAACAAGAGACAUAUUGAAGCGUUUCCAAGAUCGACGGGGACAGAUUUCUAUUGCAGACGUGAACGAGGUUUACAAUCGUCAGGACAACUCCACCCGACCACCAGCUCGGCGAGUAGAAACUGACCCAGCGAUAUGGCAGGGUGAAGCCACUGUUCGUACGAUCCAAGAUCCUUCAAUGCCUUAUUCCAACACCAACAAUGGGCAUGGAACACCUCCGGCGCGAUUUAGAGGACGGAACGAUCUGGCAAACACUUCGCCUUAUGGGGUCAAUCAGUUCAACCAGUCGGACAGUCAACUCGAUAGCGCUGAGCAUAGCAAGAGGCGAGAAUGGCGUAACUCUGGCCUGGGACGUCAAGGCAGCGGACUUGGUGUGUCCGGCAAUUCAUGA